AAAACAAACACAAGAGUAAAAGAAACAAACAAACAAAAAAAACAACAAAACAAUAGAAAGCAACACUCGACCAUCGAGUACCGACUUCCUUAAACACUGAAUGAAUAACGACUUCAAAGCAGCGGCCAUCGUCAGCACCACGCUGACUCGUAAUAACAACAGCAACGAUUUAUAAACGUUCAGACCGCUAGAUGCACUGAAACUAUCACCCUACGAUAGCAAACUACCAUUAUUACAAAAAAGAACAACACAGCAACUGUUAGCUUUACGUCCGUCUGAGCAGAUGAACACAGUUUUCGGUUGAGUGUGUUAGAGUGUAGAAAAUAUCCGAAAUAUAUCUUAUAUAUACUUGUGAAGUGAUUAUCUAAAGCCAUGGAUUGGGAUUCGGAGCUGGAUCGCGAUACUCUGAGGGAUGAUGGUGACAACAUUACAGAUGAGGGCACAGAGGUCCUCCUUAAGGAAAAUGAACACAAAAAAUCAAAUAAUUGGAGAAGGCGUUCAAGCCACAAAUACAGGCUGCCGGUAACAGCAAGAAAUUUAACAAUGCUGUCCAAGAAAUAUGUUAUCCCAGCCCUUGUACUGGUGGGCCUUUUGGUGUUGGCAGCUGUUGUUGCUGUCACUGUCUACUUUGGAUUAAAGAAUGAAAAUGGACAUGGACAUGAAACCCCAUCAGACCCGUGUCCCGAUCUUACUGGAACAUUCAUACAUACAGCCAUUGCUUCCGAUGCCCAUUCAAACUGUACAGAAAUUGGAGUAGAAAUUCUCAGAAAAAAUGGAAGUGCUGUUGAUGCUGCCAUUGCCACCAUCUUAUGUGUUGGUUUAAUUAAUUUCCAGAGUUGUGGAAUUGGUGGAGGUCAUGUGAUGACAAUCUAUAUAAGGAAAGAUAAGAAUUUCACAUCCAUACUUGGACGAGAGGUUGCACCAGGAUUUGCUACAGAGGAUAUGUAUGAUCAUGGAGCUUCUUCUCGAUAUGGUGGCCUUGCCAUUGCUGUACCAGGUGAAAUAAGUGGAUUAUGGGAGGCACACCAGCGAUAUGGUAAACUGGAUUGGAAGGUCCUGUUUCAGCCUGCAAUAAAAAUGUGUCGUGAAGGUUACCCAGUGUCUCCUGACACUGUGAAAUCCCUAAAUAGAAUCAAAGACUAUCUUCAGAAUUUUACAGAAUUACGGAAUUUUCUGUGGAACAACGAGACGAAUAACUGGUUCAAAGCAGGGGAGAUAAUAAAAAACCCGAAACUUGGAGACACACUUGAGAAGAUUGCAGAAGGUGGCGUGGAUGCUUUCUACGACAGCAAAUUGUCGAAGGACAUAGUGGCUGACAUUAAAGACGGCGGUGGCAACAUCACAUUAGAAGAUUUGAAAAAUUACAAAGCCCGAGUAGAGGAUGCUGUCAGUUUUACUUUUUCCAGUGGCCACUCGAUCUAUUCCACCCGACUGCCGUCCAGUGGACCAGUACUGCUCUAUAUUUUGAAUAUCCUCGAUGGUUACAACUACACCAUAAACAAAGUCACCAACAAGGACAAGGCCACUGCCUACCAUCGUAUGAUUGAGGCAUUCAAGUUUGCCUAUGCUGCCAGGUCCAGGAUGGGAGAUAAGGACUUUGUGGCCAACAUGACUGAGCUUGUACGGAACAUAACAGAUCGAAGUUAUGGCGAUGAAAUUCGGAGUCGCAUCAAUGACUCAAGGACAUUUAACUAUUCCUAUUACGGUCCGGCAUUCACAAUCCGUGACUAUAUUGGAACUUCGCAUCUCUGUCUUCUGGGGCCCAGUGGUGAUGCUGUCUCCAUAACAAGCACAGUCAACUCAUAUUUCGGUUCCAAAGUGUUGGGCAAACGUACUGGAAUUGUCUUCAAUGAUGAGAUGGAUGACUUCUCCACUCCAAAUAAAACAAAUGAGUUUGGAAUUCCUUCAUCAAAAACCAACUACAUUGUCCCAGGCAAGAUGCCUAUGUCCUCAAUGUCACCAUCGAUCAUUGUUGAUCAAAAGGGGGAUGUCGUAAGCGUCCUUGGUGCUUCUGGUGGAAGUCGUAUAACAACAGGCACCGCAUACGUCUUUGCUGAAUCAAUGUGGUUCAAUAAAUCAAUAGCAGAGAGUAUUAGUUUCCCACGACUACAUCAUCAGUUGAUCCCACAAUACAUAGAAAUGGAGAAGAAUUUCCCCCAGGACAUCACAAAGAAACUGAAAGAGAUGGGGCACAACGUAACUGUGUUAGAUAUGGCCAAAAGCCGUGUGCAAGGCAUACUGGUCAAAGACAAGAUAUAUGCAGCAGCUGACCGACGCAAAUGUGGCUCCGUAGAUGGAUGGUAACUGCAAUAGCCAUCUCUUUUGGUGCCUCCAUGUAUGAUCAUCUUCUCGUACCUCCUCCUCCACAUUCUUCCCCUCCUGAUUCAACAUAUUCUUUUUCUCAUCUGCUCCUCCUCUCUCUUGUUCUUCAUACAUCCCCCCCUCUUCAUUACUUUUAUCUUUCUUUCUGACUCACCUCAUUCAUCUCUUUCCUGUAUAAUUCUAUCACUCACCCCACUUUCUUCCCACCUCUCUCUCUCUCUCUCUCACACACACACACACACACACCACACACACACACACACACACACAGGUAUAAAAUUGAUUCUCUGGAGUCUGAUCCUAAAGUUUUCCCACGUUACUGAUUAUUUUCUCUUACCAGUGGUGGUCACCUUCGUCAACACACUCUAAAUUAAACAAAUAUUAAGUUUCCUUAGAUAAUUAAA